UCCUGGGAGCAAAGCCCUUCAGCCAAAGUGGUUCCUGAUGCUCUCAUGGAAGUGGGGGCUCCAUUUCUGAUUUGUUAGCUGAGAGAGCUUAGAGUUUUGCUUUUUUUUUGUUUUGUUUUCAAAAUGAAAGACGGCUACAAGAUCAAUAAAGACAGCCAUUGAAUUUUGUAACUGGGGUACUUCUAAAGAAUAUAAACAAAGGAAACUGUGAAAAUGGCAGUGAGGUUCAAAGACGAGUUCACAGAGAUGGAAGACUUGAAAAUAUGGGAACAAUAUACUAUAACGCUGAACAAGGAUUCCAAGGUGGGAUUCGGGAUCGCUGUCUCUGGGGGCUGGGACAAGGCCAACCCUUCCUCCGGAGAUCCGGCAGUCAUCAUUUCUGACGUGGUGAGAGGAGGUCCGGCCGCGGGGAGGUUACAGACCCUGGAUCACAUCGUCAUGGUGAACGGUGUCUCCAUGGAGAAAGCGACCUCCACCUAUGCCAUCCAGCACUUGAAGAACUGCGGUAGAACAGCCAACAUCACAGUGAAGAGGCCUCGGACCAUCCAGGUCCCUGUCUCAGCCCCCCGCGGCAUCUCCCAGACUUCCUCCCGAUCUGAAGACCUGUCCUGGCGGCGCGAUGGCCCCUCGGAUUUUGACAAGGGCUACCCGCCCCCGCGGAGGGGGUCCCAGGGGGACAGGGCACCCCGUUCGCCCUCCGAUCUUGACUCGGGCAGCGAGAGGAGCUACGACCAUUCUCCUAGCAACUCUGUCCCCAAGCGGUGGAGCCCAGCCACUAGCUCCGCCCCCAGCCCCACUCCUGACCGCAAUGGGAACGUCCUGCCGUUGAUGUCUGGAUACAAGAGGCUCCCCAAACACGAGGACCCCUACAGACCCAUCAAGGCUGUCCUGGUGAAAAAAGACCCCAAAGAAGAAUUCGGUCUCAAGCUGGGCAGUCAGAUCUUCGUGAAGUACAUGACUCCCACGGGACUGGCCUCCGAGGAGGGGACUCUGCAGGAGGGAGACGUCAUCCUGAAGAUCAAUGGGAUAGUGACAGAGAACUUGUCCCUGGAAGACACCAAGCGCCUGGUGGCGAGGUCGGCGAGCAAGCUGAGCAUGACGGUCCUCCGUGAUGACAGACAGUUCUUGGUCUGCAUUCCGGAGCUGCAGGACAGCGAAGUGGCGAGCAAUGCCUCCUCCGAGCUCGAGGAUAUUUCAGAUCUUGAGUCUGAGUUAACUCUGCCUCCACCUCAGAAGAAAGACAGCCAGGCCAGCAGGGGGCAGCACAGUGAGAGAAUCCGUGCUGAAGCGAUGCAGCCGGACCUCCGGGCAGCACGAUACCCAGACAAGACUGACCACCCAAGAUGGAUCUCCACUGCGGGGCGACAUCCGAAUGGAGACAAUUCGGACCCCGAUUCAGAUCGCACGCCCUCCCCCUCCCCACCCCGAAAAAAAGCUAUCCACAACAGGGGGCAGCACAGAGACAGAACCCGGGCUGAAUCUGUACAGUCAGCGCGUGACUCCGACAGUGCCAGCGUGCCAAGAGUGCUGCCAGCUGUGAUGAGGCGCCCUGUUGAAGACAAUUCGGAUUCAGAUCGCACCCCGUCACCACCACAGAAAGACAGCAGGGGGCAGCACCGAGACAGUAAACGGCCUACCUCCAAGCAGCCAGAUGUCCGUGAAGCAAGGGGCACUGACAGGGCAAGCUUCCCCAGAUGGAGGCGUCCUACCGAAGGCGAGUCUGGAGCAGCUGGGCACCUAGCAGACCUCUGCAGAACCAAUUUUUCAGACCCUGGCUCUGAAACUGCCCCGUCCGAACACACCGCAUCUUUACCCAGGGAAAUACACAGCCAGAACAGCAGGGGGCAGUACAGGGAGAGGAUCCAGCCGCAAUCUGCACACGACUCCGACAGGGAUAGCCUUCCAAGGGAACGCACCCCUUCCCCGCCCCGCAGGGACGGCAGCCUGGACAGCAGGGAGAAAUUCAACGGGAGGCUGCCUCCUGCUCCCAAUGGGAAGAUGCUGGCGGGAGUAGAGGUGAAGGAAGCCCCUGCAGUGUACGCUGAGAGGGAAGAGGAGCCAAUCUACUGCCUGCCCCCAGCAACCCCUCCGAGACAGAGGGCGGAGCCUAGAGAAGAGCCAAACCUGGGGUACAGUUCUGAUCUGAAGCGCAUUAGCUUCGUGAAGGAGGACACUGUGGGGCUGCAGCUGGCCGGAGGGAAUGACGUGGGCAUCUUCGUGGGAGGGGUGAAGCCGGGCAGCCUGGCCAGACAUCAGGGCAUUGAGGAAGGGGACCAGAUCCUCAAGGUGAACGGUGUUGAUUUUGGCUCCUUCACCCGUGAAGAGGCAGCCCUGUACCUCCUUCAGAUCCCUAAAGGAGAGCAGGUCAUCAUCCACGCCCAGAGCAAACCAGACAUUUACAGGAAGAUGCUGCAGUCCAACGUGGGCGACUCCUUCUACAUCCGGACGCACUUCGACCAUGAUGGGGAAGGUCCGGGCACCCUGAGCUUCACCAGGGGGGAUGUCUUCAGAGUGCUGGACACCAUGCACCGUGGCAAGCUGGGCUCCUGGCGGGCAGUGCGCAUGAGCAACAUCCUGCAAGAGGCAGACAGGGGCACCAUCCCCAACAAGAGCAGAGCCGAGCAGCUCGCCAGCAUGGAGCAGACUCAGAAAAGCAGCAGCAACAGCACCCCCUCCUCCAGGCUCCGUGCAGAGUUCUGGAAGCUCAGGGGCCUCAGAGGGGCCAAGAAGAACAACCGCAAGAGCCGGGAAGACCUGUCGCAGCUCACCAUCCAGGGCAAAUUCCCCCCUUACGAGAAGGUGUUCCUGCGGGAAGCAACAUUCAAGCGUCCCAUUGUCAUCUUGGGUCCUCUGAGCGACUUUGCAAUACAGAAGCUGUCCACAGAAAUGCCUGCAGAGUUCCAGACUGCGUCGAUGGUACCCCGCAAUUCAGAAGAGGGGUCCUCAUCGGUGAUCAAACUGGAGACUGUGAGGCAGAUCUCUGAGCAGGACAGACACCCCCUGCUGGACAUCACGCCCUCUGCUGUCGAGCGGCUGAACUACAUCCAGUACCACCCCAUGGUGCUGUUCCUGGACCCGGAGAGCAGGCAGGACGUGAAGGCCAUGAGGCAGCGUCUCUGUCCCGAGUCCAACAAGAGCUCCCGCCGCCUCUACACCCAGGCCGUCAAGAUGAGAAAGUACUGCCCCCACCUCUUCUCUGCGAGGAUCCAGCUCCUGCCCAAUUCCAAUGUCUGGUUCGAGAUCCUGAAGGACCGCAUCAAGGAGCUGCAGGCCCGACCCGUCUGGUUCUCCGAGGACAAGGCUGUGAGCAGAGAGGAGGAGGAGGAUCUCGAUGCUCUGAGUCGCUCGCGCUCCACCGACUACCUGAGCUGUGACAGCCGAGCCACCAGCGAUUACGAGGACACGGACGGAGAGGCGUGCACCGACAACGAGCUGGACGAGGCCUUCAAGGGGCCAGCCCUGGGGCGCUCCUCCGAGCCGGCUCUCCCUCAGCACUCGGAGCCGGCGCUGGCCCGGUCCUCGGAGCCCGUCUGGGAGGAGGAGGAGGAAGACAUCUCCAACAAAGCCUACAGGACCCACAACUACAGUGCCGAGCCUCAGGUCUGGGUCAGUGCACCAGGGGCAGGUGCACGGUCCCCCGAGCUGGAAAGUGCCCCACCUGAUCUCCGAGAGGUCCCCGAUCUCCGAGGGGUUCCCGACCAACCAAAACUGCCCAGCUUCUCACAACCUCAAGGACAGCAACAGAGACUUUUCGGGGGGCCUAUAGACCACCAGGCAGUGCUGUGGAGGCGGCCUCAGAUCAGAGGCAGCAUGAGCUCCGAGGAAGAGCAGGAGGAUAAAGACUUUGACUGGGGGCCAGCCACAGACCUCUAGGACCUUUCUAUAUAACUACCGCUCCCAGAGAGAGAGAGGUCAACAUUAGCACAAUCUCUCUCCAUUGGGAUGCUGUUUGAUGACGGCUUUGAGAUCGUUCUCUUUACCUGCCAGCACUACAUUUUAAGUGAUGCCUUGUUUGGAAAUGCAAUGUAUGGUAUCCAUGGACAGAUCGCUACAGGAGAACAAGUAAAACUGCUUGCCAACUUUUUCACAGGAGCCCCACUCCUGCUCUUUUACACAGCUGCUGCUGUAGGACAGCACGCUUUUCAACCGGCAUUGCAAUGCAUUCUGGUACAUUCCACCUGUCUCGGGUACCUUUCACAGCAGGACUACACUUACCAGUGAUAAACAAGCCACAUAACGCAAAGCUUUUUCUCUAAUGGGAACUUAUGUUAAUUGUCUUGCAUUAAAAAAUAACUUUUUUUUUUUUUUAAACAUGGUUUUCUAAUAAAUACUACAGAUUCA